CCNCCCCCCGUUAGCUGCUGUGUGCCCCCACUGUACCACCACCCCCUCAGCCUCUGUCCCCAAGGUCCGAGCGCCAUCUGGUGGCAGGAUUGGAUUCACUUUCAAUGCAUGCUGGACCCCAUGACCCUCAGGGAGCGCUCACUGCUUUUCCCAGGCCAUGGAGGUGGGGAGCCUGGCCUCACUCUCAGGGUUCAGGCUCGGCCACUUGCAGUGAGCCUCGUUCCAGUGGGCACUUGCCAGGUGGGGUGUCAUUUUCUGCCCUGCCUUGUGUAGGUCCCUGAAGUCUUCUGCCUUCCUGUUUCCUGGCUUGUGUGCAGAGAAGCCCCCUCUGAUGCUUACCGUCACAUGGUACAGAGUUCUGGAGGACCCACAUUGGACUCUGGCAGACCGUGCUGUUCAGAGGCUGGCUCUGCCCUCGGGAUGGGUAACCAAAGGUGGGGCCAUUGAGCUGGUGUCUUCCGACCACAAGCUGGUGUUUCUUGGAUGCUCUGGGGGGCACUGACUAUCCCCUCUGUCAGUUUCAGAUGGUAUCGGUUUCCAAGCCUUUGUCCCUGGGCUGAAUUCACAGUUGAGCUGGGGCUCAGGUUUUGAUUAAGGGGAGCAGGGCUGGUGGGGGUCUCCUGGUGUGCAGUGCUCCUGGUGUCCCCCAUCCUGUCCCCAGCCGGAUGCUGCACUGGGUGAGAUCCAUUUGAGAAAGAACGUGCUCACAUCUCUUAAAUAAACCCUUGCAGCUCUGGUGGGGGUCAUGCUGUUUUCUGUGGCUGUGGGGGCUCUGGCCACCCCUCCGCACUCUGGCUGGGCAUGAUAUGUGCAGGGGGCUCAGCCCCGCUGGACCCUGGAGUCACCUAGGGCCAUGCAGGAGUCUGGGACACCUGGAGUGGUAUCCCUGCCCCCACUGGGGAGCCCCUGGAAGGACACAGUUGCCAUUUCUGGGGCUGGGGGGUGGGGAGGUCAUGAGUUGGCCCAUGUUUAACGACAGCACGGAAGCAGCUGCAGACUUAGGGAAAAGUUGCAAGUAGAGCUUUCUUCCGGAAUCAGUGGAGGGGAAGUUGUGGUUCCGGUGCCCUUCACCGUCCGUGCUUUGGGGGGCCUGCAACAGAAGGCACACUGGGCCGGGUUCACCACGGGUUCCUGCUGGCUGGUGCUCGGUGUGUUCACGGCGUUCUGAGCCUCCAGUUCGGUCCCCCGGCCCCCCGGGGUUUCCUGUAAUCUUCCUGGACAGGUGACCUCAGCACUCUUGAAGGUCAGCGAGUGACUGUGUAGGAAGGUCCCCGGGUCGGGUUUAUGCGAGGUGUCCUCAUGAGCUUGAGUCUGCGGUGUUUGUAGGAAUAUUCCAGAAGCGCAUCCCGGCGGGUGGUGUGAAAUUUCCGUUUGCCCUGUGGCUGGUGCCUACCCUGUCCCUUGGUGGCGGCCGUGGCGGCCGGGCUGCCCAGCGGGAAGUUGCUCCUUCUCCCUUUGUGGUGAAGGGGGUGGUUUGAAGCCAUGUGAGCAUCUGCCUCGCCAAACUUCCUUCAGUUUCUUCUCCCUCCCGCACUCGUGUGUGUGCACCAUGCUUCCUUCCAUUCGGUGCGUUACGUGUCGGCUCUUGCUGUAUUUCAUUUCAUGCUCAGGUUCUCCUUUGGCCAGCGGGAACUGCUUCAUCCAGCUUGUGUGUCCAUUUGCUAGGUACCGGCCAUCUUUUGAACGCCUCUUUGCUUUCUGGCGUGAAAAGAUGUUCCGGGCUCAUGUUGCACUUUCUCUGCCCCAGCCCUGGAAGCAGCCGUUGCUCCAAGGGCCCCUGCUCCUUUAGCAAGAAUAGCACCUAGGAACCAAGAUGAGGGUGUGCGUUGUGCCUGCCGCUGCCGGGGUAUCGGUGUGCCCCGGCUCUCUUGGAGCAUAGAGCUAGGGAGCAUGUGCAUGCAUCUCUCUGUCCAUCUGUCUGUCUAUCCAUCUGUUAGUUCGUCCAUCCAUCCGUCCAUCUGUCUUUUGGUCCAUCUAUCAUUCAUCCAUCCAUCUAUCCAUCUAUCCAUUGUGUGUCUGUCCCUCUGUCCAUCCAUCCGUUCAUCUGUCCAUCGAUCUGUCCAUCCAUUCAUCCAUCCGUCCGUCCAUCCAUCCAUCCAUUGGUCCAUCCAUCCAUCCAUCCAUCCAUCCUAUCUAUUGACAACCAUGAGAUUACGCUAGUACCUCCAUUUUCAAACCAACACCACGGGGCACAUCCGGUUUUCUUUCUGUGUGGUUGUAACCCUUUUUUUCUGAGUGGUUCCUGUUCUCCUUCAUCUGUGCACUCGGUAGUUCUCCUGUAAAUACUCAUCUCCCAUUGCUGCUGCCAUCCCCGCCCCACAGAGAUGCCCUUCUCACCCCACGUGGGUGCCCUUUGGAUGCCCUCCAACCACAAACCUCCAGGAAAGAGCUUUCCAGAUGGAGAGAUGGUACUGUCAGGCCCUUUAAAAUUAGGAAUAGCAAAAUUACAACCUGGCCAGCUCAUUAAAACCAAAUAAAUAAGUUAAAAAAGUAAACAUUAGAAGAAAUAUUUCUCUUUAUUCACAAAUAACAUGAUUGUCCAUAUAGAAAGGCUAAAAUUAUUGAAUAGUGAGAAUUCGGCAAAAUGGCUUGCUAUAAGAUUAAUACACUGAAAUCAAUUACUUUUCUAAACAUUAGCAAUAAACUCUGAUAAGUUUCUUUUAAAAGAUACCAAAAGAAGUACUAUUUACAUGACAAUAAAAUUUUCAAGGCCCUUAAAGAUACAUUGAACAAGAGAUGUUCAAGGCCGAUAUACAGAAAACUAUAAAAUGUCAUUAAUGUCCAGGAUUGUGGACUCGAGGGGAGCAUGCUAGGUAUCCAGUUACUGCAUGGUGACCUCGGACACUCCACGCUUACCUGCUCGUGGCUCUGCAGCCCCGGCCUCGCUGGGCCCUCUUCAUGGCCGGGCUGGGGCUGUGCUCCACCUGGGUUCUCUGGGAAGAGCCCUCGCCUACGCUCAUUCAGGUCAUCAGCCGAAUUCCGAGGCAAAAGGGCUGAGGCUGUAGGUAAUAGCCCUUGAUGUGACCCCAUUUCCUCAUUGGCUGUCCAUGGAGGGUGCCUCUUAGGAACUGGAGGCUGCCUGCGUUCUCUGCCACAUGGCCCCUAGUCCUCAGUCAGCAACAGAGGACCUGCUGCGAAUCCAAUCCCUCACCCUUCACGCCUCUCCUCCAGGAAGAGCCGUGACCCUUUACAGACUCACCUGAUUAGGUCAGGCCCACCGGGAUACUCUCCCUUUCUUGAAGUCAGCUGUGUUGAAAUCAGCACCAACCCCAGGAGUGACUGUGGCAUCAUAGUCAUGGGUCCACCCACGCCCGGCGGGAGGAGCUUAUAGAAGGGUGAGGGUCACUGGGGGUCAUCUCAGAAUUCUGCCUACUAUGAUUGUCCUGUUCAUGACCAGAAAGAGUUGAUGUUAACAUGUCCGUCUUCCCCAAUCAAUCCAUGGAUCUGUUAACAUUCUAAACAUAAUGCAGAUCUUUUCAACAACGUUUGAUGAACUGAUUGAAAAAUUUACAUGAAACCUAACAUGCAAAAAAUAGCCGUGUCACUUCUAUGGGACAAUUUGGUUGAGGACCUUGUUCUGCCAGCGUUCUGGACUCACUGAAGCUACGGUGACCAGGACAGCCUGACCCUGGUGCUGGGGCCAAUGGAGGGAUGGAAUGAAGAGCCCAGAAAUGCCAGCAGCGAGGGGCUGGGGCAUCUGGGAGGCCCCGUACGCCCCCGGGGCCAGAGUGGCCUCGGUCAGCGUCUGCGUGGGCUUUCCGCCGGGCUGGCAGGUGCAGAGGCGCGGUGGCCAUGGCCCAGCCGGCCAAGCCGGCAGCUGGACGGGGUCCAGGACCUGGGCCAGGGACCUGGGAGUGGGCUCUUAGCAAGCGGUUUGGGGCCUUUCAUGUGGUCUCAUCUGCUCAGCACAGCAGGGAGGAAUCUUGUCUUUCACCAAAACAGCCAGGUUUUGGUUUUCUGCCUCAGAGAUAAUUGGUGGUUCCUAUUAUUAAAAGGUUAGAACAAUUCAUUGUUUUUUUUUUUUUUUUGAAGGAAAGUGGAAGGCAGGCACACUGUGCUGCUCUUAAAAAUUUAAGAAGGGGGCGUGGGGCUCGACAAUGCCCCUCACAUCAAAGUGGCCAGCAGACGCCUGGGCAGGGUGCAGGCAGCCCAACCCCAGCCCACUGAUCACACCGGGGGGCCCCAGCCAUUCUGGUAACACAAUUGGAGCCACACCCGGGCGGCGGGCCCACACCUGCAGGGAUCUGGGCGGCCCGGCUGCUGUCCUUGGUUUGACAGCAGUUGGCUAAUCCGCAUCUGGGCCCCGGUGACACCUGUCGCCAGGUGAGCCAGACCUGCCUUGCCCGCCUCCCCUGCCUUCCCUUUUUCCUCUCAGCUAAUGGGCAGGUGGAUGGGGCCCACUAAGACCGGACUUCGUGGUGGAGGAGACCAUCCUGGAGCGGGAGGCACGGGGCCAGCAGCUCUCAGGCUCCUCCAGAUGAGGCUUGCCCGAACAGAGCUGUGGGCUGCAGCCUAGGCGGUCUGAUUUGGGUGACCUGGGGUCAGGGGGCGAGGAACCUGAAUUUCUAAUAAUUUCCGAGGGGAUGUUGCUGCGGUCUAGAGACCAGGGUUCGAGAACAGCUGGCUCGGACAGAGUGAGGUUUCUCCCUCUUCGUCUGCUUGCUCUCCACAUUGUUGCUGUUGGUGGAUUGUAAAGCAAUACUUAGUGGACGCAAUUACAGAAAGGACCCCUUUCUGAGUGGACCCCUCCGGCUUCUCUCCAGGCGGGCAGAGUCCAGGCAGCACAUUGUCUCCCUGCCAUCCCACCCCCUUUUCUGUUGCCUGGAUUCUGGGUCUGUGUGCAAACUGCACACCCGGACAUGGAGAACCUGGCUGCAUCCCAAGCCAGACAAGAGCCCUGCCCAGGCUUGGGGGGUGGGUGUGGCGGGCAGGGACACCAACAAGGGCCCUGGUCCUGCCUCCAUGGGGGUCCUGCCACCCUCCCGCAGCAACAUGACCGUACGCUCGCUCUCCUUGCUGUUCCCCCGCCCUGUGGGGCAGUGGGUGUUUUUGUUCCUUCCUCUGUCCCCAGGGCCUGUGCUGCUUGUGUGUGGCUGGUGCUUGGUGAGGAUCUGUGAGGGAGAGAAUCUGUAGUGAUUGCUGCCAUUGGACUCCGGGAAACACAGAUGUCAUCUUGCCUCAGACACUCGCAUUCCCUCUAGAAAUAUGCACCACGGGCUGCGAUCCACCAGGCACGCACAUAAAAUGGGAUGAAAACAGAAAAGGCGGGGGCCAGGAGCGGGAGGAAGAGGCUGCACGUAUGCCCGAGGAGGACCCGCUCCUGCUGCAGGCCAGCGUGGAGCUCCCCCGCAGCCUUUGGGAAAAGGGGAACAGGUUUCUCUGCCAGAGGAGGCCUCAGGCUGCUGGUUGGUGGGAGGCUGGGCUGGGGUGGAGGCGAGCAGCCUGCGACCCACAGCCUUGCUGUUGUCAUCUUGUUUCCAGGUCUCGUUGAGGGGGCCCCACGAGGGGAAGGAUGUGAAAGCAGUGAACACGUAAGGGGACUGUCGAGAGGCCACAGCAGCAGUGGUAAUUAAGCCACCAUCCAGAGAGGCUGCGGCCACCUGAUCUGGGCCCCACCCGCUGCACACUGUGACCUUGACGUGCGGUUAGCCUCCCGGAGCACCCGCUCCCUCGACUGGAAAGGAGGUGGGGGGCUGCUGCCAUGAAUGAUGACACCGAGGAAGCUGAUGUGCUGACCCCGGUGGGCUUUCGAACUUCAGACCUGUGGUUCAAUCUCGGAGCUCCUUGUAGGAGCCUGUCCUGACAGGCGGCACGGUGGACAGUGCACACAAGUCUGUCAUGAGGGCAAGUUCCCUUGGCCCCAGGGAGCCCCGUGCCAGGCUUGACAGAACCUUGGUUUUUAUCUGAUGAGUGCCGAUACCCAGCUGCUCAGCACAUGGGCCCACGGUCGGUGCAGGCACCCCACAGUAACCCGGAUUUCACAGGGGCCCCGAUUCAGGACAUGGAAGCACAGUCUGCUCCGCUGGUCAGUCUGGAGGCCCUCGCUGGUGUCCCACCGCUUCUGUGCAGGGAUGGAAGGAAGCUGGGUGAGGGCAGCCCAAGGGCCUUGGGUCGAGGUCGGGGGUGGCAUGACCGAUGGUGUGCAGAACCGAGUGGGGAGGGUGGAGGUGGGCAGUCACAGCAAAGGCUGGCGGCCCCGUGGGGCCCUUGUGGCCACUCGGGGUUGCAGUCACGCCAUCCCCCUCCCUGUGCCUCUUGCUUCCCGUCUGGCGCACCAAGAGCCGGCCCCCACAGUGGGACCCUGGGGAGAAGAGAUUUGGGACAAAGGGGGCAGUUUCCCAGGAGGGGACCAGGUCAGAGCCUACUCUGGGAUUCUGUCUGGCCGCUCGUCUGCUGGGUCCCUCCCACUGGCCAGCACCUCCAGCGACAGGGGCUGUGCCUGUCCGUGGGUAUGACACUUGCUGCUGGAGACCUUGGACAGGUCUCCACACAGCUCCAUCACAGUGUCCUCUCUGUGUCCCCCCAUGACCCCCCAUGUGACCCGCCUCCGGGCCCAGGAAGCCUCCGGUGUUCCUUGCCCCAUGGACUGCAGGCUGGGAUUGCUGCCCUGCUGCCCUGGCGUCGGUCACUGUCCCCAGCAGCCCUCAAGUUGAUCCCGAGCCCGGCACGGCAUGUGGUGUUGGCAGCUGGGGGGGGCACCUCAGUGGCGAAAGCCCUACCCCUUCCCCUCUGGGCACUUUCGCUCUCCUGGGAGGGAGAGGGCUUCCGAGCCGGGGAGCUGGUGUUUAUCCAUUUCUUUGGUCACUUCUGUUCACGCCGGAAGGGCUCCGUCUCCGGAUGUCACGCCUCUUGUGUUCAGGUGGAAUGUCGUGGAUCGCGUCCCGCUGUGGUGUGUUUGCCUAGAAGCAAACCCAGCGACGUUUGAGCCUGUCGAUCUCUCCUCUCGAUGGUGCCAGCGUGGGUGGCUUGUCCCUCUGGGUUGCAGUAUUUCAGACUCGUGUGCUGACCUUCUACACUGAGAAAGAUGUUUAAGGAAGGACAGGACGUCUACUGUGCGCCCCCAUGUCCAGGCAGGAGGUGGACUGUGGAAAAAGUUGACACGAGCAGCUUCAAAACAAACUGCAAAGUUCUUGAUUGGACAGUCGGUUGUCGUUUGUAGCCCUUGUGGUGCCAGGGGGCCUCGGGCAGCUGCCGAAUCUGUGGCCCCUUCGUAGGAAAAGGUCUUUGAGCCGUAACCUAAAACAUGUGGAAGUACAAGGGGAAUAAUUGUAUUGAAAAAGUGCUAACACAAUAUUAAUAAAUCCAAACGUGGGACAGAGGAGAUCCGCAACCUGCCCCAAGUUCAAAACAACAUUUUGGGAUGUUGACACGGGCGGCCAUGUGAUAGGAGAGUAGCUGUGAUUUAUGCUGGGGAAGGGCAAGAGCUCUCACUGACCCCUGGUUCAUGGCUGGUCCGUGCUGUGAUUUGGUUUUCCCACCCAAGUCCCCAGCUCUCCGGAACCACAGAGGUCCCUGUUGAUUUCCUGCUGGGACUCCCUGCCCCCUUCCCCUGGGUAUGGUGGCACAAGAACUUAGUUCUGAUUUCAGCCAAGGCUGGGGCGGCGACCCCAACCCCCUGGCCAGGAAGCCUCCCUGGCGCCCCCAUCUGAAUGAACCCCUCCUGCUCCCACCACGUUUUCUAUCUGUUCCAGCACUGACCCCACCCAUGUCACAAGUGCCUGGGGGCCUGUGAGCCCCCAGGGUCCUGGAGGGUCUCAAGCCUCCUGCAUCCCAAAUGAAUGAAAUAAAUCCCAACGGAUGUGACACCUGAGCCAACCCAAACGGAGGCCGUAGUGUGCAUGGAUCUGUGAGUCAAGAAGGGAUGUUUUGUGGUUUCAUUUCAGUGGCUCCCAGAUGU